AUGAAUGAAGGGAUGCUCUCGAGGACAUCUAGUCUGACCGAGGAGACCCGCACCUCUGCCAGAGAUACACAGAGGCGCUUCUUUGGGCACCCAGAAACCAGGACAAAGUGCCGGAGUGGGAAUCCAGACUUUAGAGAGAUACAGUCCACUAAAAGCUCUUACAAACCUAGAUCUACCUCAGUGCUGAAGUCAAAUUCCACUUUUGUGACUGAGUUCCUCUUUGAAGGUUUCUCUAGCUUUGAGUGGCACCAUAGACUUAUCUUCUUUGUUGUCUUUCUGACUUUGUACCUGCUGACUUUCUCUGGAAAUGUGAUUAUCGUGACCAUUAUUCACCUGGAUCGUCACCUCCACACCCCCAUGUAUUUCUUCCUGAGCAUGUUGUCCAUCUCUGAGACCUGUUACACUGUGGCCAUCAUUCCCCGUAUGCUUUCUGGCCUCCUGAACCCUCACCAGCCCAUUGCCUCCCAAAGUUGUGCCACUCAGCUCUUCUUCUAUCUCACCUUUGGGAUCAACAACUGCUUCCUGCUCACGGCCAUGGGAUAUGAUCGCUAUGUGGCCAUAUGCAACCCCCUACGAUAUUCAGUUAUCAUGGGUAAGAGGACCUGUGUCCAGCUGGCAUCUGGGUCACUGGGAAUUGGUCUGGGCAUGGCCAUUGUUCAAGUAACAUCUGUGUUUGGUCUGCCCUUCUGCGGGGCCUUUGUCAUCUCCCACUUCUUCUGUGACGUGAGACCCCUGCUAAAGCUGGCCUGCACAGAUACCACUGUCAAUGAGAUCAUCAACUUUGUUGUCAGUGUCUGUGUCCUUGUCCUACCCAUGGGACUGGUAUUCAUCUCCUAUGUCAUCAUCAUCUCCACCAUCCUUAAGAUUGCAUCAGCUGAGGGUCGGAAGAAGGCCUUUGCCACGUGUGCCUCCCACCUCACGGUGGUCAUCAUCCACUAUGGCUGUGCCUCCAUUAUCUACCUCAAGCCCAAGUCCCAGGAUUCCCUAGAGCAGGACAGACUCAUCUCAGUGACCUACACCAUCAUCACUCCCCUGCUGAACCCCGUCGUGUAUAGCCUGAGGAACAAGGAGGUCAAGGAUGCUCUGCGCAGAGCCAUGGGGCAAAAGUCCCUCUCCCCUUAG